CCCAAGUCCCAAGCGCAGCUGUGUUGUGUAGGUCGUUGACGUUAAUGGCGAAUUGGCGAUAGACUGAUUUUAUUACUGAAACAGCAGAAACCCCCCUACCCGGAGACGCCCGGCUUUGAGCUUUCUAUCCCAUCCCUCUCCCUCACCACCUUCUCCGCCGUGCUCCGGCAACGAGGCGCAAGAUUAUACCAUUACCCCACUGUAUGCGCAUUUAGAACUCCGCCCACCGCCCAUGGGUUCUUCUUCCACACUCUCUCUGUGCUCUCAUCCUCAGAUUGGUCCUCGGCCGUCCGCCGCUCGCAGGGCCGGUCCUCAAUUGGAAGCGGCGGCCGACGGCAGCUCGGCGUUGAGUUAUCGAGCUCAAGGAGCGCUGCUGUUGCCGUUCUCUUCAAAUGUUGCUUGUAGGAGAAGAAGAUGCUUCAGGUUCAAGAGCCUAGUUGUGAAGGCUGCUGCCUCGACGCCUGGCCGCGGCCGUAGAGUUUAUAAGCAGUCUCAAGGCGAGAGUAGCUUCGGCGGUGCUCCGGUAGAGCAGAUUGCUUCGUUUGUGGUUCCUGCCGGCGUCUUCGUCGUGGCUACCUUUGCUAACAGUUAUGUGGAAAUUGGUGGAGAAGUUCCUCAAGCCAAAGCCAAGAAAUCCUACAGGAGCGGAAGAUAAAGCUCCUGCCAAGGGAAUGAGUUGGUCUUUCGCUGCUGGAACAAAUUUAGUCUCAGGUUUUGCAGCCAAGGUUGACAAAGAGGCCAAGCAGAAGCUCAAUGCAUUUGCCAAAGAGUUGAGAACAUUCGGAAGCGUUGACAUGGCAGGUUGUAAUUUUGGUGAUGAAGGCCUCUUUUUCCUUGCUGAGAGUUUAGCGUACAAUAAGAAUCUAGAAGAAGUUAGUUUUGCUGCAAACGGAAUUACAGCAGAAGGAGUAAAUGCCUUCAACCAGGUCCUUCAAUCAAACAUUGUUCUGAAGACCCUGAACCUUUCUGGAAACCCCAUUGGAGAUGAAGGAACCAAGACUCUGUGCAAUAUAUUGGCGGAUAAUACUGGUAUUGAGAAGCUCCAGCUGAAUAGUGCUGAUGUCGGUGAUGAGGGUGGACAAGCUAUUGCAGACUUGUUGAAGAAAAACUCAACCCUGCGCGUGAUUGAACUAAACAACAACAUGCUUGAUUAUUCUGGGUUCACAAGUCUUGCUGGGGCAUUGAUUGAGAACAACUCUUUGCGAAGUUUGUAUCUCAAUGGCAAUUACGGUGGUGCACUAGGAGCUAAUGCUUUGGCCAAGGGACUAGAAGGGAACAAGUCGUUGCGGGAACUUCACUUGCAAGGAAACUCCAUUGGAGAUGAAGGAGCUCGUGCUUUGAUGUCUGGGUUGUCUUCUAGUAAAGCAAAACUAACCCAUCUAGACCUUGGCAACAACUCAAUUAGCGCAAAGGGUGCCUUUUAUGUUGCUGAGUACGCCAAGAAGAGCAAAAGCUUAUUUUGGCUGAACUUGUACAUGAAUGACAUAGGGGAUGAGGGCGCUGGAAAAAUUGCCGAGGCUUUAAAGCAGAACCGGAGUAUAACAAUCAUUGAUCUGGGAGGAAAUAACAUACGGACCAAGGGGAUCACUGAAAUAGCUCAAGUCUUCAAAGAUAACUCUGUUAUCGCAACACUGGAAAUGGGUUAUAAUCCCAUUGAAGCGGAUGGAGCAAAGGCAUUAUCCGACAUUCUCAAGUUUCACGGCAGUGUCAAAGCUUUGAAGCUUGGUUGGUGCAAGAUAGGCCCUAAAGGCGCAGAGCACAUUGCAGAAACUCUGAAAUACAACAAUACCAUCUCAGUGUUGGACUUGCGAGGAAAUGGACUGAGAGACGAAGGUGCAGUAUGCCUCGCUCGUAGCUUGAAGGUGGUGAAUGAAGUCCUGACAGAACUCGACCUGGGAUUCAAUGAGAUUCGAGACGAUGGAGCAUUUGCCAUUGCGCAAGCACUGAAAUCCAACGAAGACGUCAAAAUAACCUCUCUAAACCUUGCAAACAACUUCCUCACCAAAUUUGGCCAGAGCGCGCUGAGUGAUGCAAGAGACCAUGUGUUUGAGAUGAACGAAAAGGAAGUGAACAUUGUAUUCUAAACUCUCUCUACUCUUUAGAGACGGGAAGGCGACAGUUGAAUUACUAGAGACAGCAUACAGGAAGGAAGGAGCAAGCAACGGCCAUUCUUUUCUGUACUUUGUCAUUGUGGAGUGGAUGAAGACUUCCUUCCAUAACAACGUUCAUGAAAAGCCAGAGAGGCGGGACAGGGGAGUGAAUGGUAAAGGAUUUUGAUACGCGGAAUUUUGUCAGUUGAGGCUUCCUUUGGUUUGGGUGACUGUAAGAAAAACUUGAGAAAGGAGACUGGACCGGGUGGGUAUAGUCUUAGACUUACUGAGAACCUGCAUCAGGGUUAGUUGGCUUGAUAAUGAAGGAUGAGUCACGUACCGACGUGGCGGUGCUAGGGCUGUUUGCUGUGUUGGCAUUAGGGUUUUACACCAUUUGAUAAGUUGGAUGCUCUCGUCUUACAGAAGAAGAAAGUCUUUGAUUAUUCAGUCGUCGUGUCGUCCUGCCCACAGACGGUGGUAAAGGCAAUGCCAGGCAGCAAUGCAUCUACUACUACAGCUGGUGGUGGUGGCUGGAAGCCAUUUGUAACGAAAUCGUCCUCUUCCUCCCAUCUCUGGCGUUUAAUCCUUUUACUAUAUUUCACAAAACGACGGCACGGCACCAUGUCCAUGGCUUCUUGCCAUUUACUCUUGCCAUGUGAAGGCCAUAAAAGCCAGUCUUACAUUUCGCCGAUUGGGGGAAGCACUCUUUCACCAAGAUGGUGCAGAGCAAAUUAACCGCGGGUGCUUUCUUCAUUAAUGAACAACAACAGUGACACAUGGGGUUGAAAAAUGAAAACCCAGAGGUCCAAGGU